UUUCAGGGUUGAGUGAGGCAUCAAGUUAACUGAUCUAGCAUACAUUAUGAUUUAGGGGCCAGCUGAAAUCAUGUAAGAUAGAAGACAAAGAACACUAUUGAUUUUCUAUCACAAAAGCUAGAGCACUAUAAGUUGAGAGAUUUUCCAAAGACGAAGAGCUGCUUAGAUGAAAAGAUAAGGUCGUGUUAUUGAUUUACGUGAAGUGGUGGAGUGAAGGAAUCUUCGUAAUGCAUUGAUGUUAAAUUUUCCUGGAGCAAGAAAAGCAGUGACUUUUUAUCAAGAGUGAUAAAAGAAUGUCAAGAACCACAAAAAAAACACCAUCAUAUUGACAGAAUUCAACACUUUUAAAGUCUUUUCAACAACAAGAAACUACAGCCAUCACAUUCCUAUGUUUGGUUAAUGCCACUCUAAGCUUUACAGUGAAAGAACUUUAGGAAAAAAUUCCUGCAGAAAAGUUUGGAUUUUUUCCAGGUCACCGGAAGCAAGCUGUUAUAUAGCGACGGAUGAAAAUUAUCGUGAACUUAAAUUCUGAAAGACUGAACCAGAAAUUGGACCUGUGAGUUUGUAUAUUUUAAACAUCCACAGUUAAACUACAUCAAGAUCAGGUAAAUUAAAGGAAAAUUACCAAACUGACAUUUUCACACCUGAAUGAUAGGAGGAAACUGUGAAGUAAACUAGACACACUAAAGGAUAAAUAUUCUGUAAUUCCAAUAACAUUUGAGGAACUGCUUGGAAAAUUUACUGAUUACUCUUCAACACUGCAUGAGACCAGACAUACCCUUUGAGUGCCUCACCUGAGUACUUGAUCUGAUUAAAUCUCCUGUGACAAAUGCUGCCAUGAUAAGAUCACAAGAUGAUAAAGAUGAUAUUGUGGCUGAGUAUUUUCCUGAUAUUGCAGACAGUUGAAGGAAUUCUCUAUUCUGGAGUUGUUCUUCCAAACGACCCAUAUGUUUUCAUCGGCCACGAGCUCAGAUUGUUUUGUAACAUCACAGAAGCUGUACCAGAAACAUCCACAUCACUCUAUUUCACCAAAAGUAACAACGUUUUCCCAAGCAGCCGCAUACAAAUCCUAAGUAGUCGAAGUAUCCAACUAAUACUGCCGAUUUAUUCUCCCAGUGACAAAGGAAAUUAUGUGUGCAAGCUAAAUAAAACCAGGGGCAAUGUUCAAGUGGUUGGGAACCAGAUAGUGAGUGUAGAAUAUGAACCCAAUCAAGUAAAGGAUAUAACAUGUACAGUAUACAACUGGGAGAGGAUGACUUGUUCCUGGGAUCUAGGGGUCAAUUAUGUCCAUCUAAACCAUAUUGAUGUCCAGUUAGUAUGGACAGUCAAAGGUGGGCAGCAGUCUGAUUGUCCCCAUAAGACAUUGAACUCGUGUAAUUGGAAACCUAACGAUGGUCUGGAUAGUUUUCGACCAGAUAUGCUGUAUUACAUGGUUAUCAUUGUCAGAAAUACCAAAACAGGAAAUGAAACCAAGUCCAAAGUAUUCCAGAAACAGACAAAUAAAAUAGUAAAACCCAAUAGUGUUUCAAACUUAAAGGCCUCUCAGAACAGCACAUGCCUUCACUUAGAAUGGAAUCACAGCAGAACAGAAGACAAAAUUUAUAGGAUACAGUAUCAGUCUAGAUGGGAAAUCUCAUGGAAGGUUUUGAGUUUAGGCGAUGUUAAUAUGAAGACUAUCUGCAACUUAGUUCCUAACACAGAAUACACUGUAAAGAUAGCAUGUAAACCAUUUUGGGAUGGAUUCUGGAGUGAUGAAGUAGAAACUACUAUAAAAUUGGAUGAUGAUGUGCCAGGAGCAGCACCUGAGGUCCAGCCUGGAGGUUUUGUAGAGAAACUGUGUAGUUUCCAGGAUUGUCGUGUUAUCACUGUUUACUGGAGGCCCAUAAUGGAUAGACUAACAAAUGGAGAGAUAUCCAACUACAAGAUUACAUCACAGGAUAUUGACAAACAAAGAUCUCCUGAGGAAACAUUUACUGGUACCAAGACAUCAGGACAACUUAUGUUGAUGUCGGGAACAGAUUAUCUUAUUGAUAUCCAGGGAGAGACAAAGAAAGGAUUAUCACCACACAGAGCCAGUAUUCUUAUUCUGGGAAAAGACAGAAAACCACCAUACCCAGAUCAUUUCCUAGUGGAAGCAGAGCAGGCGGCCACAUAUACCAACAAUCUUUUUCGUUUACAUAUUAAGUGGCACCAACCAAAGACAUCACAACAAAUACUUGGUUAUACACUGUUUUGGUGUAAAGGUUCUCAUAGUGAUUACACCUGUCUGGAACCAAUAAAGUGGGCUGUUUUAAAAGGAAACCAGAGAAAAUAUACCAGAACUGUCAACAAAGAUGAAUUGAGAAGUUUAAUAUUUGGUAUCUCCAUGGAAACUGUUCACCCAACAGGAGAUACUGUCAGCAGUGGUAUUUUGUGGAAUGAAUGCAUUUUUAUGCAAAAUGAAAAACCUCAAUUGGCUCCAAAGAAUGUACGAGUUCUAUCAUUGGUUGAAGACAACAGUGUGCAAGUAGAAUGGGAUAAAUUUACAUGUACAGAAAUGGGUGGAUAUAUCACAAAGUUUGCUGUGUUUUAUUGUGAAUCAGUGAAGGGUCAAAAUUGUAGUGGCACAUACCAGUUUGUAAAUGUAAAUGGACAUGAUACUAGUGUAGUUCUCAAAGACAUGUCACCUAAAGCUACAUAUAGAGUGUGGGUUCAGGCUAUGACUAGUGGUGGCGUAGGUCCAGAAUCUGACCCAGUCUACACAACUAUUCCAGUUACUGGUAUCUCCUUGACAACAAAUGAAAUAGCUGGGAUUUCCUUGUCUAUUCUGGUUGUUGUUCUUCUAGCUUUGAUUGGAUUUAUCUGCGUUUUUAGAAGAUGUAGGAGGGCACACAAACCAUAUGACAUCAUUUUACCCAACGUAAUUUUUAGAUGUUAUAAAAAAGAAGCGAAAGAUCCACAAAAUGAAGCAGACGACUUACUCAGUGGCUUACAAAGGGUUCCAUUGCCUCAUAUUCCAAUGAUAAGACCUAGUUCUAAGACAUCCCAGUCACCUGACUCAGAUGAUGACAUAUAUUCAAAGAUUCCUGAUCUGCCACCGUCACCAUCAUCGCCAACAACUCCAGAGUCUAUGUCUAUUGAUAUGCCACUUAUACAAAGUGGUAUGGGCUCUCAAAAGGGUUUAUAUGGAAAAGGAGGAAAGAAUUAUGUCCGAUUUCCAGAGGGCAGUAGAACAAGUAUGGUAUCACUGUUCUCACGUCUACAGUUCCCUAGAAAUAGUAUGGAUUCCAGAGAAUCACAUUACCAUGACAACAAAACUCUUAGUUCAUUUAGACCUCGACCUCAAAGAAGUUCGGGUGUUUCAGGUAGUGCUGAUGUUUUAUCUAGUGUUGUGUCGCCAUAUAGUUGUGUUGACAUUGUGAAAUGUCCAAACUCGGAAAAAAUUCCACGUAAACAUCUGCCAUUUAGCAAACCAUGUCAUAGUGUAGGCAGUAUGGUGGAUGACCCCACUUAUGAUGAGACGAACAAUCUAUCCAUAUUAUCUAAUAAGAUAGUGACUCAACCUCCCUGUGCUCUUGAUUCAGGAGAUUCAAGGGAGCAUUUUAAUAUAAAAUUACCUCUUGAUCGGAGAAAGCAUGAUCAUUUUAAUGAGGAUACAUUGAAAAGUUGUACUUCCAAUGAGAUUAAUUCAGCUUUGGAGGAUGAUCAAACACAAGAUUCGAAUGAAUCUCAUGAAACUGAUGACAAACAAAUCACAUCAUAUGUUCAAGACGCGGGACAGUUUGCCGAAGCUGACAAUUCUGUUUUCAGUCCUCCUGAUAGUAACGGUUACGUGCAUGAACCAUGCCAAAAAUGUUCAAACAAUAAUGACAUCAAAAUGAUUAAUGGGUACAUCCCGACAGAAAAUAUAACACAACUUCUUCCUAAUCCGAACAUUGUUGUAGAUAAAGAAGAAGCAACGUAUAAAAAAGAACUAAACAUUAAACCGGGUCCGCGGCCUGUAAGUGAAGUCAUUAAUGUUCCUGCUCACUUUUAUGGUUCAUUGUCAUUGUUAGACGCAGGAACAGCGACAGAGCUUUAAUCUUGUAUACUGCUUCUGACUUAAAAGAUCUUUCUAUUUCCUUGUGUAAUGUUUAGUUUAAAGUGCUAUAUAAGAAAUUCUACUUGUACCAAAAUUAUGAAAUUAUUUUUUUUGAAGAUACUUUGAUAACUGUCUGCAUAAGAUGCGGAUACAAUUAUGUAUGUUAUAAUACAAAAGACUUCUGUGUUAGAUAUUAAGUUUUAAUAAUUUGUGUAUAUUAUUUGUUUUUAUUGAACUAAAGUAUUAAAAAUUAUCAAUAAAAAAAGAUGUGUUUUACUUUAAAAUCAAAAUUUGUAAAAAAUAAAAAUAUUUGUUGAAAUAUAUUUAAAUAAGAUAUUUCUAGUUUUACUUUAACUUAUAUAUGUGUAAAUACAAGAAUUUUCGUAAAUUAGGUCAAAGUAAUUCUAUGUUGCAUAGAGUUACUGAUAAUGUUAUUUUUUCUAAAUAAGGAUUAUUAUUUUAUAUCACACGUGACACCUGUUCUUUUUACUAACUCUGUAAAUUCCGAAUUUGACCUAGUCGCUUAUUAUUGUCAUAAUGUUUAACAGGAAAACAUUGACCUAUUGACCUUCCUGCUAAUUUUCUUUUAAAUUACUUGUAAAAUUCCCAGCAGAAUAUUGGUAAAGUUAGGUCAGUAGGUCAAAAGUAAUAAAAAUUUAAAUAGCAAUAACUUGUAUAAUCGGAGGUUGAUAGAUACUUUGCUAAUUAUAGUACAAUGAUAUAUAUUUAAAAAAAUGAUAUGUUUUAAAACAGACUGUUCAUCAAAAUAUUUCAUUAUUUAAAAAGUUACAAGUGUUUAUGGAGAAGGGAAAAAAAACAUUUAUCAUUUUAAUUGCAAAUCAAAUAGAAAUAAGAAAAUCCACUUUAACUUCAAAUUUAUAGAUAUGUUACCAUUUAAGAGUGUAAUAAGGAAGAUUUGCUUUAUUUAUGUUUAUAUGUUCUUGGUUGUGAUUAUCUACAAAGACAUUCCUCAUGGGACCAUUGUUUAUAUGUUACUUCAUGAAAACUAAAUUAUGGUGAAGUGCUGAUGAAGGUUUUUUUAUAGUAUAUUAUUGUCAGCUUUGAUAUGCUUUACCAUGUUUACCUUCAAUAUAUAUUUAAAUGUCAUGAAGUUAUUUUUUGAAAUGUUGAAUGAAUAAUUAUAAAGAAAUUAAGAAGUUUUUACAUAUUGAAAGAAUUGUAUUCUGUAAAUGAGGUUUUUACUGAAGAUCUGAAGAGUAUUUUUUCUUGUAAUGAACAUUUAUUUUCAUUAUGUAAGAUUUAAUGCAUCCUAUAUAUACAUCUUAAUAUUUCCUUGUUAAAUACAUUUUACUUCUUACAUUUUCUUUCCAUUUGAAAUAUAAAGGAUAGCAUAAACUCAACCAGUGUUUGCCAAAUUCACCAAUAACUUGCAAUGAACUGUUUAACCUCUGGAUUUUUUUUCAACCAAGAAAACUAAAUGCAAUA